AUCGUUCUCAACCCUUUCCUUCAUCUCUCUCUCUCUAUAUCUCUCCCCGCCAAAGAGAUUUCGCGCCGCCGCCGUCGCCGCCGCCUGAGAUGUUACGGCCGCCGCUUUACUUCACUAUAAUAUCAAGGUAUUCAGCGGACAUCGAAAUAAUAGGCAAAUCAAACUGUUAAGAUCCGAGGUUUUCGUGGGGCCCCACCCGAAAUGGACGCACCGAAAAGCCAAACCAAGUUAGCGCGAACUCACUCCUCCUUGCUCCGAUCUUCUCCGACAGUCCGAUCGUCAAUCCAUAGCCUUUCAUCCAUCAACGAGAUGGAUUACGAAGAUGAACCAGACAUUGAAGAACAGAAGCCACAUGGAAAACCCGGUUCACCUAUGACCCGACGUCGUUCAACCCGGUUUGUUUCCUGCAUCGUCGUCUUCUCCUUCUCUAUCUACACCUGCUUUCUCUACUUCCGCCGCGACGAUAUACCCACUUCGGAAAAUCUCCUGUUAGUUCUAAUCUUCGUUGCCGUAGCUCUCUUUUUCGCCGGAAAAAACAAGGGUUCGAUCCAUCAUACUCUUUCCAUUAUCAGACAAAUCCGUGAAGAUUAUAGGAAUAGACUUGGAUUAUCGAAAACCCAUCAUAAGCCAGUCCAAUGGUUCAUUGGGGAAUCAAUGGAUUCAAACAAGGAACGGAAAUUAGUUACAGGGGAGGGAAAGUUUGUUCGAGAAGGAGUUGAGUUCUACAGUACUGGCGACUUCUACGAGGGGGAAUUUCAUAAGGGUAGAUGUAAUGGUAGCGGCGUUUACAAUUACUUCGCAAAUGGAAGGUAUGAAGGCGAUUGGAUUGAUGGUAAAUACGAUGGGUAUGGAAUAGAGAACUGGUCAAGAGGCAGCCGGUAUAAAGGACAGUACCGGCAAGGUCUCAGACAUGGUUUUGGUUUCUAUCGUUUCUUCACCGGCGAUACCUACGCAGGUGAAUGGUACAACGGGCAGAGCCAUGGAGUUGGAGCCCAGACUUGCUCUGAUGGUAGCUGCUAUCUUGGUGAAUUCAAAUGUGCGGUCAAGCAUGGUCUCGGUUGUUACCAUUUCAGAAAUGGAGACAAAUAUGCAGGAGAGUACUUUGGGGAUAAAAUCCAUGGAUUUGGAGUCUACCAUUUCGCUAAUGGCCAUUGUUAUGAAGGAUCAUGGCAUGAAGGUCGUAGGCAAGGUUGUGGAAUGUACACAUUUAGGAAUGGAGGUGAUAAACGUUGCGGUGAAUGGGAUUCAGGCAGCCUUAAGACCCCAUUAUCACCUCUAACCGAUACAGUUCUUAGAGCAGUUCAAGGCGCUAGAAAAGCAGCCCAAAACGCAAUCCACCUUCGUCGUGUUGAUGAACAAGUCAACAAGGCAGUUAUGUCAGCCAAUCGAGCAGCCACUGCUGCUAGGGUUGCUGCUGUAAAAGCCGUCCAAAACAGAAUGGAUGGUAAAUUUUGCGAUACUGACAUCUGAAGAACAGCCACUAUUAACCAACCAAAUUGUAAAAUUACAUUUUUCUUUUACUAGAAUGUAAUGUUACGCCAGAAGAACCCAACCCCGGCUAACCAAAUUGUUAGCCGGUGAGGUGUUUUUUGUUUUUCUUACCAUAAUAUCCACAUGUAACAUGUAUAUAGUAGAUGUAAAUCGUCGUUCUUGUUUCUGUAUCGUAUCUGUAUCGGAUUCAAAUCAAAAUGUUAUAAGAAUAACAAAUUAGACUGAA